AUGAACGCAUUUAAGAAGGUUGUUCUCCUCUUGGUAGGAUUUGCCACCGUCAACUUCGCAAGUGUCUGCGUAGCCCAAGCCAAGUUGGACGACUCCACACCCGAAGAGUGGGUUAAGGCCAUCGACAGCGCGGAUGAUCACCUGAAGGCCGAAGUUAGUAAGCUGAAGGCGGAGGACGCCUACACUAAGGAUGUUGGCCUUAGCGCCAGCAAGGGCAAGAUUGAUAGUUUCGAAAGUGCCGUGAAGUUGUUCAGUGCAGCCAGAGUGAAGGUUGACGCUGCUAAAAAAGCCUUGGAUCUUAAGGGCAAGACCGACAACACGGCGGAGGUCGCAGCCGUCAUCAGAGAGUCCAACGAGUCGAUUGCUUUAUACUUUGCGGCACUUAAGGCUCACAUUGACGCAAUCUACGACAUUUCUAAGUACAAAGCUACUGUAGUUGGCAAGGUCGCAUUGCUGAAGUACGUAAGUGAGUACGACAAGAAGAUUGUCUCCGGUUUCGCCGCUGUGGUAUCAACGGUAGCCCUUUUUGCCACCGCCUUGGCCACGUUUUAA